AUGGCAUCAGUGGCGGCAUGGCUGCCGUUCGCAAGAGCAACUGCAAUCGGCUGGGUGCCUAUCGCCACAAAUCCCCUCCCACCGCCACCCUUCGUCAAGAAUCGAAGAAAAGCAGAGGAUGAGAAACUUAUAAUCAAUAUAUCAGGUCAUCGAUUUGAAACAUGGCGAAAUACUCUUGAAAAAUAUCCCGACACACUUUUAGGAUCAAACGAACGUGAAUUUUUCUUCGAUGAAGAGAAUCGAGAAUACUUUUUCGAUCGUGAUCCCGACAUAUUCAGACACAUUCUCAACUACUACAGAACUGGAAAGCUUCAUUAUCCAAGACAUGAAUGUCUGACGAGUUAUGAUGAAGAGUUAACAUUUUUCGGUGUGCUGCCAGAUGUCAUUGGUGAUUGUUGUUAUGAAGAUUACCGAGAUCGGAAACGUGAAAAUGCUGAGCGAUUAUUAGACGAUAAAAUGUCAGAAAAUUCUGACGCAAAUCUUCCGCCACUUACGAAUAUAAGACAACGGAUGUGGAGAGCGUUCGAAAAUCCGCACACUUCAACUGCCGCUUUAGUAUUUUACUACGUUACUGGAUUCUUCAUUGCUGUAUCAGUCAUGGCUAAUGUUGUUGAAACAGUUCCAUGCGGAUUAAGACCGGGACGAGCAGGAACAUUGUCGUGUGGUGAACGUUACAAAAUAGUAUUCUUCUGCCUAGACACAGCAUGUGUGAUGAUUUUUACGGCUGAGUAUCUUCUUCGACUAUUUGCUGCGCCUUCGAGGGUGAAAUUUAUGCGAAGUGUCAUGUCAGUGAUUGAUGUUGUAGCAAUCAUGCCAUAUUACAUCGGACUGUUUAUGACCGAUAAUGACGAUGUGUCUGGUGCUUUUGUAACACUUCGAGUAUUCCGAGUAUUCCGUAUUUUCAAGUUCUCAAGACAUUCACAAGGUUUGAGGAUCUUGGGUUACACACUCAAGUCAUGUGCCUCUGAACUAGGCUUUCUGGUCUUUUCCCUUGCCAUGGCCAUCAUUAUUUUCGCUACUGUGAUGUUUUAUGCUGAGAAAAAUGUUGAUGGAACAAACUUCACUUCAAUCCCAGCUGCUUUCUGGUACACAAUUGUCACAAUGACAACACUUGGUUAUGGUGACAUGGUGCCGGAAACAAUAACUGGAAAAAUUGUUGGCGGUGUUUGUUCCCUUAGUGGUGUACUUGUCAUUGCCCUUCCUGUUCCUGUCAUAGUAUCGAACUUCAGUCGAAUUUAUCAUCAAAACCAACGUGCUGAUAAACGGAAAGCACAAAGGAAAGCACGUCUUGCGAGAAUUCGAAUCGCAAAAGCUUCAUCAGGUGCGGCGUUUCUUAAUAAAAAACGAGCUGCUGAAGCUCGCCUUGCAGCACAAGAGAGUGGAAUUGAUAUGGAUGAUAGUUACAAUGAUGAAGAUAUAUUUGAGCUACAGCAUCAUCAUUUAUUGCAGUGCUUAGAGAGAACAACUGAUCGCGAAUUACUCGACUUAGACAAUUACAAUGGCGUACCAGCUCCACCAAAGCGAGCAGGGUCACCAUCACCAAUGGCAAGUCCAUCGCAUUCAACGAAUACCACCCCCGGUUUGCUUCAGUCUUGUUGUGGCCGUUGCUGUUCGCAAAGAUAUCAGUUAUUCAAGAACAUGGAGAAGUUUACGAUCAACGUAUCAGGACAUCGAUUCGAAGUAUUAAGUAGCACUUUAGAAAAAUAUCCCAGCACUCUUCUGGGAUCACACAAACGGGACAAAUUCUUUGAUGAAGAGAAUCGAGAAUACUUUUUUGAUCGUGAUCCCGACAUAUUCAGACACAUUCUCAACUACUACAGAACUGGAAAGCUUCAUUAUCCAAGACAUGAAUGUCUGACGAGUUAUGAUGAAGAGUUAACAUUUUUCGGUGUGCUGCCAGAUGUCAUUGGUGAUUGUUGUUAUGAAGAUUACCGAGAUCGAAAACGUGAAAAUGCAGAACGAGUUUUGGUGAAGAAAACGACCAACAUUUCUGAUGCAAAUCUUCCGUCACUCAAUAUACGACAACGGAUGUGGAAAACUUUUGAAAAUCCUCAGUUAUCAGUUGCUUCUUUAAUGUUCUACUACAUUACUGGAUUCUUCAUUGCUCUAUCAGUCAUGACUAUCAUUAUUGAAACAGUUCCAUGCGGAUCAAGACCAGGGCGGCCAGAAACAAUGCUGUGUGGGGAGCGUCAUAACAUAAUUUUCUUUUAUAUCGACACAGCAUGUGUGAUGAUUUUUACGGCUGAGUAUCUUCUUCGACUAUUUGCUGCGCCUUCGAGGGUGAAAUUUAUGCGAAGUGUCAUGUCAGUGAUUGAUGUUGUAGCAAUCAUGCCAUAUUACAUCGGACUUUUUAUGACCGAAAAUGGCGAGGUGUCUGGUGCUUUUGUAACACUUCGAGUAUUCCGAGUAUUCCGUAUUUUCAAGUUCUCAAGACAUUCACAAGGUUUGAGGAUCUUGGGUUACACACUCAAGUCAUGUGCUUCUGAAUUGGGAUUUUUGAUCUUCUCUCUUGUUAUGAUUAUGAUUGUUUUCGCUACUGUGAUGUUUUAUGCUGAGAAAAAUGUUGCUGGAACAAAAUUCACAUCAAUUCCAGCUGGUUUUUGGUACACAAUUGUCACAAUGACAACACUUGGUUAUGGUGACAUGGUACCGGAAACAACAGUUGGAAAAAUUGUUGGCGGCGUUUGUUCCCUCAGCGGAAUUCUUGUUAUUGCUCUUCCCGUUCCUGUCAUUGUAUCGAACUUCAGUCGAAUCUAUCAUCGAAACUAUGCACCAUCAAUAUAUACUAGAAAGCUAGAAAUGACUGUGCCUGCAUUAUAUUUGAAACAGCAAACAAACUUAGAAAAGUUGAAUUUAAACGUAUCCGGACAUCGAUUUGAAGUGCUUCGCAGUACUUUAGAAAAAUAUCCCGACACUCUUCUAGGAUCAAAUGAACGGGAUAAAUUCUUUGAUGAAGAGAAGCGAGAAUACUUUUUCGAUCGUGAUCCCGACAUAUUCAGACACAUUCUCAACUACUACAGAACUGGAAAGCUUCAUUAUCCAAAACAUGAAUUUCUCGAGAGUUUUGAGGAAGAAUUAAAGUUUUUCGGUGUGCUUCCAGAUGUCAUUGGUGAUUGUUGUUAUGAAGAUCUUUCGCCACCUACGAAUAUAAGACAACGGAUGUGGAGAGCUUUCGAAAAUCCUCAGACAUCAACAGCAGCUUUGAUAGGCUAUUAUGCAACUGGACUUAUUUUAGCUUUGUCUGUAGCAAUUAUUGUUGUUGAAACAGUGCCAUGUGGAUUAAGACCGGGACGAGCAGGAACAUUGUCGUGUGGUGAACGUUAUAAAAUAAUGUUCCUCUUUAUCGAUGCAGCUUGUAUUCUUUUUUUCACUGCUGAAUAUCUUCUUCGACUAUUUGCUGCACCAUCAAGAUUGAGUUUUGCUCUAAGUUUCAUGUCAGUGAUUGACAUACUCACCAUCGUACCAUUUUAUUUCUCUUUUUAUUUGAUAAAUGUACCUGAUUUGUACCGAGCUUUCCGUAUUUUAAAGAUCGCCAGAUAUUCCAUUGGGCUAAGAGUUUUUGGAUACACCAUAAAAUCACAUUACAAUGAAUUUUUAUCCUUAAUCGGUUUUAUUAUUUUGAAUAUGAUGACAAUGGCUGUUGUAACAUUUUAUGCUGAGAAAAAUGUUGAACAUACAAGUUUCACAUCGAUUCCAGAGACCUUUUGGUUUACAUUUGUUACGAUGACAACUCUUGGUUAUGGCGACUUUGUUCCUGUUUCUACAUUAGGCAGAGUUGUUAGUGCUUCAUCUUCAUUGAUUUGUAUAAUUUCAUUUGCACUAUUUGUGUAUAAUUUCAUAAUUAAAUUCAAUCGAAUUUAUCAAAGAGUUCUUUAUUCCAAAGAAAAUAAGGAAAAAUAUUCAGGAAGAGAUGGAAUUCAUUCAAAUAAAGCUCAAGAAACUGACAAUUCUAUAAAUGCAUAACGAGAUAAGUUACAAAAUAUUUGUAAUUUUAUUAAUUAGUAAUUAAUACCAACAGAGACCUAAAAUUUCCUUAUCAAACGUUAUUUGAUAGCUUCCAAUAUUUUUGUUGAAUUCGAUGACCAGUUGAAGGCAAAUGUCCAUAAAGCAUUUAAAACGAAAUCUUUAAAUAAUAUUUGAUGUGUUCCAUUAUGUGUGACAUUUUCAAAGGAAGCUUGAAUCAUAAAAAAUAUUUUUGUAUAAUUUCUCUCUAAUUAAUUACCUAUUCGUAAAUAUAUUUACCAUUAGAAAUUGUCAAAUUCAAAGUUGUAAACGAUGUGUUGAAUUCUUGAUAAUUAUCACAAAGCAAAACAAUAAAAAGUUGAAUAAAACUGACAAAAAAAAUCAAAAUCUUCAUAAC